AUGCUGGGGACCCAGGGGCCCCCAGGGGGGCCCCCAGGGGGCCCCCCAGGGGGCCCCCCAGGGGGCCCCCCAGGGCCUUUGCGGGGGCCCUCUGCAACCUUAAUGAGGCCCGCAGGGCCCCUAGGGGGCCCCCCAGCGCCCCUGGGAGGGAAUGCGGGGCCCCCACGGCCACUGGGGGGGCCCCUAGGGCCCCCCGGUUCUGCUGCUGCAGCCACAGGGGGGCCCCUAGGGCCCCCUGGCUCUGCUGCUGCAGUAACACCCACCCCUGGCAGCCCUCUGCAGUCUGUCCCGCAUAAGCCUGCUGCAUCACUGCCCCCAGCUGCUGCUGCUGCAGCAGCAGCAGCAGCAGCAGCAGCUCGUGCUGCUGGGGUUCCCGCUGGGGCCCCUCCUAUUUAUGCACCCGGCAGGGGCCCCCCCACACCCAUAGGGCCCCCCGCGGGGGCCCCCAUUGCCUCUCCUGUACCGCAGGGCCCCCCCCCCUUCGCACCAGCAACACAGGGGCCCCCCACAGGCAACGCUCAACCGCAGCAGCAGCAGCAGCAGCAGCAACAACAACAACAGCAACAACAGCAACCACUGCAACCGCAGCAGCUGCUAUUGCUGCAGAAACAGCUGCAGCAGCGGCUGCAGCAGCAGCAGCAGCAACAGCCGGAGCAGCAGCAGCAGCAGCAGCAGCAACAGCAGCAGCAGCAGGGUCCAGGACAGCUGGUGGGGGCCCCCGUCCCUCCUCUUCUCUUCUGCCGCGAGGGGGGCCCCCCUCCCCUGUCUCUGUCUCUCCUGUCUCUGUCUCUGUCUCUGUCUCUCCCGUCCCCUUCUCUCGGCCUGUCUCCUCUUCUGUCUCCUCUUCUGUCUCUUCUUCUGUACCCUCACGGGGGGGGGGCCCCCCGCUGCAGCCGUCGCCAGCUGUUUCUCCUCUGCCGUGGGGGGGCAGCACAGGGGGCCCCCCUCAGACCCCACAACAACCCCCGGGAUCGGGAUCGGCGGGGUGGUUGUCUCCUCCCCCUCCUGCUGCUGCUGCUGCUGCUCUUCGUUUGCUGCCAACAGCAGCACAAACUGCAGCAGCAGCAGAGGGGGGCCCACACAGACUCCCGGGAGCCCUCGUGCUGCACCGAGGGGGGCCCCCCGGGGGCGGUGCUGUACCCUCAAUUGCAGCAGGGGGCCCCCCGGUCCUUCCUCCAGGCGUUGCUUCUACCGCAGCAGCAGCAUCAACAGCAGCUGCAGCAGCAGGCGCAGCAGCAGAAGCUGCUGCUGCUGCUGCACCUGCUGCAUGCUGCUGCUGCUGCUGCUCUUCGUUUGCUGCCAACAGCAGCACAAACUGCAGCAGCAGCAGAGGGGGCCCCACACAUACUCCCGGGGGCCCUCCUGCUGCACCGAGGGGGGCCCCCCGGGGGCGCUGCUGUACCCUCAGCUGCAGCAGGGGGCCCCCCGAUCCUUCCUCCAGGCGUUUCUUCUACUGCAGCAGCAGCAUCAGCAGCAGCUGCAGCAGCAGGCGCAGCAGCAGGAGCUGCUGCUGCUGCUGCGCCUGCUGCGGCUGGGCCUCCACAGGCAUACACAUCCGUCCUCAGCAGCAGAUUGCUGCUGCAGCGGCCGCCCCCUCAAGGGCCCCCGCGAGCAGCAGCAACAGGAGGCAGCACGGGAUACCCGGGGGCCCCCAGUGGGUCUCCUACUCCUCCCCUUCCGGGGGGAGGGGGGCCCGUUGCAAGCCAGCAGCAGCAGCAGCAGCAGCAGCAGCAGCACCCCGCAACUUAA